UACAACAGAUUACGUAUGGUAUUGUAAAUCCCAAUGGAAAGACGAAUAUGAAUUGACGAUACUCAUCUCUCCACGCCUCUGUUUCUUGCUUUUCUGCGAAUAUAGUAGAAAGAAGAAGAAGAAGAACCCAAAACAAAAGAUUGAGACAAAUUAAGCAUCAAAUUCGAGAGAACCCAUGGCUAUGAGAAGUGUGUUUAACCAAGAAACCAAAACGGGGGCAUUUUUCAUGGCCACACUGCUCAUCUGGGUUUUCUCAGUUUUGUGGGAAAUGCUAAUCAACAAGCGGACGGAACUGUUUCCAAUCGUUUUGGGUUUCAUAUUCUACCAAUCGGCCAAUUGGGUCAUCCCCAAAUUGCUGCGAAAUGACGAUCCCCUCUUUGUCAACACCUGUGUAUCUCUCCUCCAUUCAUCCACUACAUCGGCUUCAGUGCUCUUCGUUUUAGUCAAUCAGUGGAUGAUUUCAAAUGAGGUAAACGUAAAUCAGAUGUUUGAACACUCACAGCUUGUUGAACAUACAUGGCCAUGGGCAUUUACAGCCUUAUGCUUUUCAUGUGGUUAUUUUGCUUAUGAUCAAUUGGAUAUGCUUCUACAUCGAUUGUACAGCGGAUGGAUUCCUUCGAUCCUAUUGCAUCAUUUCUUACUCCUUAUUUGCUUCACACUUGCCUUGUAUCGAAAUGUCACAAUCAAUUAUCUCAUUCUUACUCUCGUUUGUGAGCUGCAUUCUGUGUUUCUGCAUCUGCGUAAAGUGCGGAGAAUGGAGGGUUUUCGUGAUUGCAAUGGCUGUAUUUUUGUUAAAGUGGAAUGGGUUCUGAACUGGACAACUUUUGUUCUAGCAAGAGUUGUGUCUCAUCUUCUCAUUACUGUCAAGCUGAUAAUAGAUGCUUCUAAGUUUGAUAAGGGUGGUGUGGAGCUCCCCGUUGCCCUUUUCGGUAUGGCUGGUAUGAAUUUGCUUAAUACUUUCUUAGGAAUUGAUCUCUUUAAAGCUUACAGGAGAGAGAUGAAUCCUCAGAGGAAGAUUGAUGAUUCCAGUUGAUAGCACACCAAGUUGGCUCUCAUAGUAUACUAAAAUGGAUAGCACACCAAGUUGGCUCUCAUAGUAUACUAAAAUGGAUAGCACACCAAGUUGGCUCUCAUAGUAUACUAAAAUGGAUAGCACACCAGUUGGCUCUCAUAGUAUACUAAAAUGGAUAUUUGAAGGAAUUGGACUAAGGCCCCGGAUAAUUAAAGAAGUUUCGAUGUCUUGAUCAAGAACCCUCCCUAUAAUGUAGUGUGUAUUAGCAACUUUGAACCAAGUAUAAAUAGGAUAUUAGGUCUUUCUUUUACGCGUUUUUUAGGAAGGUGAAAGAUGAAGACACUUUGUGAGUUAGGGGUAUCCCCGAACCUCUCCAAUUGAUUUGUAUCUUGUAUUUGAAUGUUAAUCUAAUUAGUUACAAGUUUAGUUUUUUA